AUGCCCGCUCCACGAGUCAUUGUGGUGGGAGGUGGCCUCUCUGGCUUAAGUGCAGCGCACACCAUCUACCUCAAUGGCGGCAACGUGUUGUUGCUUGACAAGAACAAUUUCUUUGGUGGCAACUCGACCAAGGCCACUUCCGGUAUCAAUGGCGCCCUUACCAGAACCCAGGUGGACGCGAAGAUUGGCGACAGUGUCAAGCAGUUCUACGAGGAUACUCUAAAGUCUGCGCGUGACAAGGCCCGCCCAGACCUUAUCAAAGUCCUCACAUACCAGUCUGCGUCAGCUGUGGAAUGGCUACAAGAUGUUUUCAACUUAGAUUUGACCCUCGUUUCGCGAUUAGGUGGUCACAGCUUUCCUCGAACCCAUCGUGGUCAUGAUGCCAAAUUUCCUGGAAUGGCUAUCACAUAUGCUCUUAUGCAGCGGCUGGAGGAGCUGGUAGAGUCUGAUCCUGACCGAGUCCAAGUUAUCAAGAAAGCCAAGGUUACAUCACUCAACAAGGAGGGCAAUACUGUCACAGGCUGCACUUAUGAAUUUGGGGGAGAGUCACAUACCGUUGAGGGCAUUGUUGUGCUCGCAACAGGUGGCUAUGCUGCUGAUUUUGGUGAAACAUCACUGUUGAAGAAAUGGAGGCCGGAUACCUUCCACCUUUCGUCCACCAAUGGUACACACGCUACAGGCGAUGGGCACAAAAUGCUGAUGGCUAUCGGCGCAAACGAUAUCGAUAUGGACAAGGUGCAAGUUCACCCUACUGGGCUUGUGGAUCCCAAGGAUCCCGACUCAAAAUGGAAGUUUUUGGCUGCUGAAGCUCUUCGUGGCGAGGGUGGGCUACUUCUCAACUCAAAAGGCCAGCGUUUCUCUGACGAGCUUGGUCACCGAGAUUACGUGUCUGGAGAGAUGUGGAAGGAGAAGGAAGCUAAGAGAUGGCCGAUUCGCCUUGUUCUGAACUCGAAAGCAUCCAACGUCUUGGACUUCCACACCAGACAUUAUUCGGGACGAGGACUCAUGAAGAAGAUGUCCGGCGCAGAGUUGGCCAAGGAAAUCGGCUGUGGUGAAGAUGCCCUGUCUAAGACGUUUAAUGAAUACAACGAGAUUGCGGACGGAAAACGCAAGGAUCCUUUUGGAAAGAAAUACUUCCAUAACCUUCCCUUUGACAUCAACGACACUUUCCAUGUUGCCCUGAUGGAGCCUGUGUUGCAUUUCACUAUGGGAGGAAUUGAAAUCAAUGACAAGGCCGAAGUUUUGAACGGAGAGCACAAACCGUUUGAGGGUCUCUACGCGUGCGGUGAACUUGCUGGUGGUGUUCAUGGGGCUAACCGACUGGGAGGUUCGUCACUCUUGGGCUGCGUUGUGUAUGGACGUGUUGCGGGCAAUUCAGCUUCUCAGUAUCUCUUCCAGAAGGUGCUGACAGGUGGUGUGUCAUCGGCACAACACCGUCUCGGCCAGAUCUCGCUGCAUAUUGAUCCGUCUACACCAGGCAAGAUCUCGGUUGAAUGGGGGAAGGGAGCUGUUGCCGACUCCACGCCUUCGGUCGGCGACGAGAAGACUACCUCGCAGGCUCAGAAGUCCGCAGCACCUGUUAUGAAUGGGAAGAAUGAAGAUCCUGGCAAGCAGAAGGACACCAACGACAUCUCCAACUUCAAGGUCCCCGAGAAGGAGUUCAGUCUGGAUGAAGUGGCCCAACACAACAAGAAGGACGAUCUGUGGAUCGCUGUCAAGGGUGUGGUGUUGGAUGUGACCAACUGGCUAGAUGAGCAUCCAGGUGGGCCACAAGCGCUGUUCAGUCACAUGGGCAAGGAUGCUUCGGAAGAAUUUGCCAUGCUUCACGAUGAUGAAGUGAUCCCCAAGUAUGCUGCUGGCAUUGUGAUCGGCAGGGUGCAGGGACAGGAGGUGUGUCUGGAAUACUGA